UUGGAAGAAGAGAGGAGAGGAGAGCGCUGUUGUUCCGUCAAAACACACUCCAGCGCAGUCAGUCAAGUCAGUCAGUCAGUGUGUGUUGUUGAAAACGGGAGCGCCGGGCUGCAUUCCGCAGGAGAAGAAGAAGAAGAAGUAGUAGAAGAAGUUUGUUGGCCGUCCCAUCACUCCAGAAAACUUUUUUUUUGUUUUGGGGAUUGUUUGAUUUUAUGAGAGAAAGCGAAAGGCAAGAAGGUGAAACUGCGAGGGAAUGGAGAAGCACAAAGUGCUGGACCAGCUCCUGAUGGAGCUCCACCGCUUCCUGCUCAUCCUGGACAAGGAGACCCUGAGUGGUAACGCCACCGUCCAGAAGGGCUUGCUCUCCGAUCUCCUCCAGUCCUACAGAGCCUCCAAUGGUGCUGACGAGGAGUACAUCUACAUGAACAAAGUCAUUGUUGGCGGAAAGGACAAAAACAACAAAGAUGACAGACCAGAUGCCUUCAUCAACGGUAAAGCAGCAAAAUAUGUCUCCGUCCCACAGAAGAGCCUUCCCGACCUGCCGCCCCCAAGAGCAGGCGUGGUGGGUCGAGAGCCGUUCCCCUUACCUGCACUUCCUUCUCCAGCCUGUAUAGACCCUUCAGAGAGUUACUAUGAGGAGGCUCAGCCCUAUGAGGAAACUUUUAAUGAUGAUGGGGAAGCAGUUAGCAGUUCAUACGAGUCGUACGACGAGGAGGAAGUGACCAGAGGAAAGUCACCGUCAGCACAGCACCAGUGGCCGUCAGCCGAGGCGUCCAUUGAGCUGAUGAAGGACGCUCGCAUCUGUGCCUUCCUGUGGAGAAAGAAGUGGUUGGGCCAGUGGGCCAAACAGCUGUGUGUCAUCAAAGACCAUCGCCUACUGUGCUAUAAGAGCUCCAAGGAGCAGACACCUCUGCUGGAUGUGAGUCUUCUGGGCUGCAGUGUGGUCUACAAGGAGAAGCAGCUGAAGAGGAAAGAGCACAAACUGAAGAUCAUUCCCGUGGGAGGGGAGGCCAUCGUGCUGGCUCUACAGAGCAAGGAGCAGACAGAGCAGUGGCUGAGGGUGAUUCAGGAGAUCAGUCCCAAACCAGCCGAAAACUGUGACCCCUCUGUAUCUGACUCCCCAAGGCUCAUUUGUACAAAGGGAGAGCUGAGUGAGAGACACUCUGUGGCCUCAGAGAGCGGCAGCAGCACUGACAGCCAUGCUGAGAUCCCUGAAAACAAAGAUGUGAAGAAAAAAAGCAGCACAGGUUUGAAGUUCAGCAACCUCAUGAACAUCGGCAAGAAGAAAACCUCUUUGUUAGAGAGCCCAGAGAAAUGUGUGGACACCUCAGGCUACCUCAACGUGUUGGUGAACAGCCAAUGGCGCCCCUGCUGGUGUCUAAUCAAGAACGGGCAGCUAUGGUUUUACCAGGACAAGGGCAAGAACAAAGUGAGCCAGCCAGCUGUGACCCUUGGGGGCUGCAGCGUCUUGCCCGACCCCAGCCCUGAGCACCUGUACUCCUUCAGGAUCGACAUGGACGGCACACAGCUGGCAACCUUAGAGGCUAAGACGUCCGCAGACAUGGGCCACUGGCUGGGCCUCUUGCUGUCACAGACGGGGAGUAAGACAGACCCAGAGGAGCUGACUUACGACUACGUCAACGCUGAGAGGAUCUCCAGCAUCGUCACUGCUGCCAAGACGUCCUUUUACUUGAUGCAGAGGAGGUAUUCAGAGCCAAACACCUACAUAGACACCCAACCCUCCCUCACGCUCAACUCUGAUGAACUGUAUGAUGAUGUGGCCUCUAUAGCUGAUCCAGAGGACACUGAGGAGAGCGGCCUGCCAGACAUUGAAGACAACAAUCUGCAGGAACAUGAUCAAACAUGUGCGCAGGAUACACAAAACCCAGAAGAGGACACUGAAAACAGGAUUUACCUGGACCUAGUCCCUGUACGUUCCUUCCUCCAUACAUCCUGUGGGAGUAAAACCUCCCCUGCCAAAGAAACUUCUAGACAUUCCCUAGUUGCAGUAGAAGACCAGAAGGACGCCUCAUCUCAAACUAAAGAGGUCAUUUCAACGGACCGAACUGAGCCAGACACGACACCUGUGUUAAAUGGAACAAGUCCAACCUCCGCUACUAGCAAACCUGAACAAGAGCGCCCCCCGACUCCCUCUCCAGCCUCGCAGCCACAAACUCAACCAGUCAAGACCUCAUCCCAAAGCCAGGAGACCCCAAAGAGGAUGAGCCUGGGAAUCCCACAGGCCUUCAGCUCCUCCGGGGUUCAGAUCCAUAAAGUACAGACUGCUGCCGGGUUUCCUCACAGUCCUCAACCAUUGCGACCCAAAUCACAUACUAUAGGGUCUCCCGGUGCAGUUGAAGGGAAACUGGGCAAGAACCGCACAGAGGCAGAUUUGCGGCGCUACAUCGACGAGCGUGACCGCCUGGAGAAAGAGAGGGAGGAGAUGAGGAGCAGCCUGGCAACGCUGAAGAAAGAGAGGAGGGAAAUCAAAGAGGAGCUCGGCGCCUGCCAAGAUCCCAAGCAGCAGGCCUCAUUAGAAGCCCGUUUGAAGCAGAAGGAGGAGGCAUGUCGGGAGGCGGAGCGCCGUAGGGUAGAGGUGGAGCUACGAUUGGUAGAAGUGAAGGAAAGUCUGAAGAAGGUGGAGUCGGGGCCUUUCACACUGGGAACCACACUGGACAGCAGCCUCCAGGACACACCCACGUCUAAAACAGCAACCCUGCCUGCUCAACAGACAUCAUCAUCCUCAUCAUCGACAUCAUCCCAACCCGCCAACAGCAACGUCAGUGCAGACCCUGGCUCCCCCGUGAACUCUGCAUCUGCGCUAAAGAGCAGACCAGCAUCCAUCAUGGCCACCAAAGGCAAAGUCCUGCAGAAAGCUAAGGAAUGGGAGAAGAAAUCCACCAUCUAGAGGGAAACCGGAACGCCCUUUGACCUCCUUUGACCUCUCAAACCCACAAGUUUCUCAGACCAGAAAGUUCAAUCAACAUCUUCUUCCCUUCACUCUCUGGAUCCUUCAUCACCUCCCUGUCCAAACUAUAAAGAGCCAAUCAGAGAGCUGCACAAGCCGUCUUCUCAAAUACCACUGGAUAAUCUCAGUUUCAAUGACUUUUCAAGUUGUUUUUUCCCCCCCUAUUUGCAAUCAAGGAAAUUGAUGUAGUAGCAUUUUGGGCCAGUCUCACGUUUGUUCCUGAUAACGAUGCACAUGAUGGGAUGUUUCCACAUUGAAAACAGCCAACCGACAUUUGAAACCACUGAAGUCUGAGACAUAAAGACACCGCUCUACAAAAUUGGCCAUUUUGUACGCUCUAGAUUGUAGCUUGGUUCAUAUAUGCUGGUAGCCAAGAUGUAAAUAUAUUUACACCAUUAUUCGGCCUUUUGGCUUGUAUUGCUAGCUAAAAAUGCACUUUUUAUUCAAAUAAAAAUGUACUGACAACAA